AUGGCGGACCAGAGUACAAGUGAAAAUACUCCGGAAAGUCCAAAAGAAGGUACUACUCCUACUGACCUAUGGAAUUGCUGUCUCAUGGGACCAGAUAAGAUGGAUGUGGUGCCUUCGAGUGAGGAUCAACAGUUAUUGACUUUGUCGUCGACACAAACUUAUGAUGGUCAGGCUGUUGCAGGAUUGGAAGCAGGUAACAGCUUAGCUCCAGUUUCUGAUUAUCCGAGUUCCAUGUAUGGGCCAUAUUUACCUGAUGAAGUGGAACAUUUGAGUACAGAUGUGAAAGAUGGAAAUGCUGAAGUUGGAGUUUGUGGUUUGAAAAACCUUGGCAACACUUGCUUCAUGAAUUCAGGUCUACAGUGUUUGCUGAGUUGCCCAAGUCUCUGUUGUUUCUUACUUGAAGAAGAAAAGAUUCCCAAAGAUUCUUUGAUUGAGAAAUUUAGCGCUUUGGUUUGUAAGUUCUGGAGCGGAGAAUACUCAGUGUUACAUCCAUCUGAGUUUAAAGAAACACUUGGCUUUGUGCACACACAGUUUAAAGAUUACAGACAGCAUGAUGGCCAAGAGUUCCUAGCCUUACUUCUUGAUAGUCUCCAUGAAGAACUUAACCAUGCCAAGGAAUUACAUAAUGAGGAAGACGUCUCGGAGGUGUCUACCGAUGCGGGAGAAAAAGAGACUGAAGAGAGUACAUCGGAUGUUUUAGAGAAGAAUGAGGUUGAGGAGGAAAGCGAAGAGAGUAGAUCUGAGAUGAGUGUCUCUGAACAAGAAGAGAGUAUGGAUACAUCAAUUUUAGAGGACUCUUCAACCCAAGAUAAUGUUAUAAAUAUCACAAAACUGCCAAGUAUUGAGGAGUUUUACAUGAAAGAUGUUAAAACACUCAACACUAAUGUUUUAAGGGAAGACAGCCCAACUCCUAUGAUUGCUGUGGACAGUGAUAAAUUCCCCAAAAAUGACAAGUCUCCCACUUCAAAACAGAAGUCUCCAUUGAAGAAUAUGGUUGAAAAUAUGAAUGACACAAGCCCCAGGUCCCCAAGAUUUAAAAAGACAAAUCUACCGGUGGAUAAAAAAAAUAGGUUUGGGAAUUUGGGUGGGGAGGAGGUGACUGGGAAAAUUACACUGCAAGAUAUGGAUGAGGAAAGGGAUUUAGAAUCAAUAAAAAGAAUGAAAAUGGAUGAUGAUGAUGGCGGGACUAUUCUCAAAUCACUUCUCCUCCAAGGCCGGGAUGUUAUCAGGGAAGGACCCUACGAUGUAUUUAACGUGUCGCAGGACAUGGAAGAAGUUCAGAAGAUGAAGGACAUAGUGAUGUGUCGCAGGAAAGAUACUAAUUUGUAUGCAAACACUGCGUCAAAAUUUCCUAUCAGUGCCAAUAACGAGAGUUGCAAUAAUACAUUCAACAGUGACGAGAAACUGGGAAAAUUUGCCCUGGAACCAUUUACCAUAGAACGUAACCUGGAUUACAAGAAGACAGAAACUUUGGACAUUGUUGUUGAAAGCAUCGCAGGUUGUUCGCAAGACUUCAAAGCUCUAGUGAAAGAUGCGACUGUUUGCAAACACAUCCCGUUUGCCAAUAACCAGACCAUUUUAGUUGACAAGGCAGCUCUUUCUAAAAAUCCUUGUAGCAGUGCGUUAACUACUGACCGUGUGGGUGUGAAUGAGCAGAGGGCAAGUAGAGAAGAGAUUGAAUUCUUCGAAGCUGAAAAGGAAUGGCAUAAGUAUUUACAAAGAAACCGCUCAGUCAUCAUUGAUACUUUUCAGGGUCAGUUCAAGAGUACGGUCAUAUGUUCUUCUUGUGAUCAUGUUUCCGUGACUUUUGAACCCUUCAUGUAUCUAUCACUUCCGUUACCUCAUGGCAUGGAAAGACAAAUCGCUGUGACAUGGGUUCCUCUAAAUCGCCUUCACUAUCCAACCAGAUAUCUUUUCAACCUUUUGAAAAUGGAGACCGUGAGACAUCUCAGGUCUUCCCUAGUUAACAUGGUAUUUGGUGGAAAUGUACCACCACCAAAUGACAUUAUCCUUGCUGAGGUGUUCGACAACCACGUGGCUAGAAUAUUGGAGGAUGGAACACACCUGCGGUAUGUAAAUGAUGAUUAUCGGAUGAUAUAUGCCUUUGAAAUGUCACCCAAGCCAGAAUCAGAACUAGAAAGCCAGCAAAUACACCCAAAUAAUCUAUUCAGUACAUUCAGUGACUUUGCCAUGGUUGAAACUGGUAAUCCUGGCUGUAAUUGGAACAUGAAGAAUGAUGAUGAUGUCAUAACUGAAGCCGGUGAUGUGUGCACAACUGUUGAUGAUGUCAUUGUUGAAGGUGAUGACAUCAGCAGUAGAUCAGACAAGCUAGAAGACCCACAUUGUGAAGCUGGAGAUGUAGUGAUGCAAUCUUCAGAGAGUGAUACAGCUCAGGGCAGUGAUAUAUUCAGCAAUAUUGGAUAUUUUGACUCCAAUCUUUAUUCACAUACAUGUACUGAUGGACCAGCUUCAAGUGAGUGUAUUGGAGCAAGCGGAGAUGCUGACAUGACCACUGAUAUUAGUGCUAUCGCCUCAACUAGUCAAACUAGCGACACGUCCGCACCAAUUGAUUCACCAUGUACAGAUAAUAAAAACAAUGAGAUAAAUGUGAGAACUGAGGAUUUUAACACAAGUUGGGUACCAAAUAAUGCUGACAUGAAACCAUGGAGUGAUGGCACUCUCACACAAAACAAUACAGCUACUACCAGCACUGUGGCUUCAGGUGGAAUUUCAUCUGAUUGGAGAUCCUGCGCUAUCUGCUUAGAAGAACUUCCUGAUCAUGAACUUCUUACGCACAUGGAAUGUGGCGGUGCUCUGUGCCACAUCUGUUUAGAGGUGAGUCUGAAUUUUUGA